CUUGUCCUCUGGCCUUGACUGGUGUUUUGGCAUUCAUAGCUAGCCUAAAGUUUCGCUACUAUGGGAAGUAUUACAGAUGUUUACUCCUCUGUCUGCAAAGAACUAAAACUACGAACUAAUCGAUACAUUUUAGAAGUCCUGCAAGAGACGGAGGGGAAGACGGGAGACAUCACACUCCAACUGACUGGGAACGACAGGCUGAGAAAGGUACAACAAGUGACCAACAAAGAUGCUCUCGCUCUGUCCAGAACCCUCCGAGACAACGACUCAGUGACAGGUCUGGAUUUGAGGUACAACUGCAUCACAGAUGAGGGGGCGGGACACCUCGCUGACCUCCUCAAGGAGAACGUGUGUCUGCGCUCUCUGGACCUGACGUGUAACGACAUUCAGACAGACGGAGCUGAAUACAUUGCAAAGAGUUUGACUUCUAAUGAUGCCCUCCUGUCUCUGAGGCUGACUGGUAAUAAGAUAGGGAACGGAGGAGCCAUGCACUUCGCCAGCAUGCUGCAGGUCAACUCUACACUACAGGAGCUGGACGUGGCAGACUCUGACCUGGGGACUCAGAGUGUGAUAGCGUUUGCCAUCGUCUUGAACAACAACAAGAGCCUCCGAUCUGUCAACAUCAGCAGACCUCUACUCUUCAGCCACCAGGAGGAGACAGCGGUCCAUCUGUCAGGUAUGUUGGUAGUUAAUCAGUGUCUGAGGGAGCUGCACCUGGGAAAGAUGGGCAUGACUGACUAUGGAGUGGAGAGACUCACUGACGCCCUGAGAACCAACUACACCCUCAAAUACCUGGACUUACGCUGUAACCGUGUGACUCGUGAAGGGGCGCGGUGUCUAGCAAAGGUUCUGAAGAACAAUGGAACCUUGGAGAUUCUGGACCUGGCGUCCAAUCGCAUCGAAGACGAUGGUGCCUUCUACCUCAGCCAGGCUAUCGCCUUGCCCACCUGCAACCUCAAAGCGUUGUCUAUCCCCAAUAAUAACAUAGCUACUGUUGGUCUGGUGUCUCUGUCUCGGGCCAUGCAGGCUAACAACACUCUCACACACAUCUACAUUUGGGGGAACAGACUGGAGGAGCCGGUCUGUCAGGCUUUCAGUGAUUUGCUGUCCAGUGGUCGUCUGUCGUCGGAGCAGACCGAUGUGUGUGUGUACGAGGUGGACGGGUGUGUGUGUCUGGCUGAGGUCUUCCAUGGGCUGAAGAGGCACUACUACUGGACACCCAGCUACGGACAGGAUGUAAAUCCUGCUAGCAAUGCAGCUAUGGCCCUCACAAAUACACAACUCUAUCCUAACUCCUCACACACACCCUAAACCCUUAAUAAUACUACCCACCUGGCGCUCAUUCAGUUAAACUUGUUGCAUACAUGCACUCUAAUAAAUAUCUAAUAAACUGUUUUAAGUAA